AUGACCGUGCACGACCUCGAGGACCUCUACCAGUGGACGCUGUGCGGCUGGAGCCCGGCGCUCUUUCCGGGGUACGCCGAUCAGCCCGUGGGGCAGGUGGUCGGCUUCUGGAAGCUGGACGAUGCGCAGCAGCUCAAGGCCUUCAAGCCGACGGCCGAGCUCAAGGCCUUCCUCGCCGACGGCCCCACGCCCAUCUACGUCGGGUGGGGCUCGAUGCUCGUCAAGGACGCCACGUUCAUGACGGUCGUGGCGGUGGAGGCGGCGAUGCUCGCGUCGAGCCGGGCCGUGGUGCUCGGCGGCUGGGCGCAGCUCAACGUCGACAAGCUGCCCAAAGAGCGUGCCGACCUGAUCGCGUACGCCAAGAAGAACGUGCACUUCGCCACGGGCUCGGUGCCGCACGGCUGGCUGCUGCCGCAGUGCUCGGCCGGCGUGGUGCACGGCGGCGCCGGCACGGUCGCGGCGGUGGUGGGCGCGGGCAUCCCGUGCAUCGUCACCCCGGUGCUCAAGUGCGACCAGCACUUUUGGGGGCAACGCUGCAACACGCUGAACGUCGGCGUGGGGCUCAACAAGCUGCUGGCGCAGACGAGCGGCGCGGACGUGGCGGAGGCGCUGGGGAAGGUGGACGACACCAUGCGCGAGAGCGCCAGGGCGAAGGCGAAGGCGCUCAAGGCCGAGGACGGCGUGGGCACGGGCGCGGCGCUCCUCGGUGAGAUGGCCGACAAUGCGAAGAAGGCGGCGCUGCUCGCCCGCCGCCCUUCGAUGGAGGAAUGGGAGGACGGCACGCCGCCAGUGUGUUAG